UUUCUUUUUUUUGGUUUUUUGCUUCUUUUUUUUGCUUCUUUUUUUUUCCUUUUGGGGUGGGAGGGAGGGCUAGUGCCAAAAAGAAAAGAAAAGAGGGAGGGGAAAGGCAAAGAACGAGAAAGAAAGAAAAAUAAUAAUAAUAAUAAAGCCAAAAAAGAAAGAAGGAAAAGAACAACUUAAAUAAAUAAAGAUUAAACUUCCUUCGGAUCCGAAAGUGGCAGGAAAGUGCCUGGCAAGUUGCAGGGAUGGAGCUCCAGAGCUUGCAAGAGGCGUUAAAAGUGGAAAUCCAAUGUCAUCAGAAACUAGUUGCACAGAUGAACCAAGAUCCACAGAACGGGGAUCUUAAGAAACAAAUCCACGAAAGGCAAUCAAGAAUAGCAGCUCUUAAUGAAAAACAAACAUUGGGAACUAUCACUGCAGUGCCCAUUAAAGUUCCUCAGGUCAGCUCCUUGCAGAGGUUGGCAGGACAAGGACCAGCAGUGCUACCUCAGGUUAGGCCAAAGACCCUGAUUCCAGACAGCCUUCCUAUUUCCCCAUGCAGAGACCAACCAUCCAAACAGCCUCCUGCUUUCCAAAAGGCAACAGCAGUCAGCAUCAAAAACCCCAGCCCUGCCCUCCCCACUGCCAAUAACACUGUCAGCCAUGUACAGACGCUUAACAACCAGUCACACAGUGUUGCUGAGUCUGCAUCCAUUUCAUCACCUCUGAGCAGUGCGGGUGUGGCCUAUGCCAUCAUAUCCACCUCCCCAAACAAUGCAGCUCCUAAAAGCACCAGCGCUACUGUCUCUGUGGUCAACGAUAGCAUUAAGGUACAGCCACUCCUCAUCAGUGCUGACAGCAAGGUUAUCAUUAUUCAGCCUCCAGUCCAAACCCAGACAGAAAGUAAAAUGGAGACAAAGAAAUCUCCUGAAGAGUCAUCUCAGGGACCCCCUGCUACCAAAAAGAAAAAGGAGGAAAAUCCAGAGAAAAUUGCCUUUAUGGUAGCAUUAGGCCUGGUUACUACAGAACACUUGGAAGAAAUCCAGAGCAAGCGUCAGGAAAGAAAGAGAAGAAGCACAGCAAAUCCAGCCUACAGUGGACUAUUGGAAACAGAGCGGAAACGCCUUGCAUCAAAUUAUUUGAAUAAUCCCUUGUUCCUUUCUGCAAGAGCAAAUGAGGAUCCAUGUUGGAAGAAUGAGAUCCAUCAUGAUGAACACUGCACAGCAUGCAAGCGUGGCAUUAACUUGCAGCCCUGUGGCACAUGUCCUAAAGCAUAUCAUCUCAACUGCUUGGAUCCUCCUCUGAAGACUACCCCCAAGGGGGUUUGGAUCUGCCCGAAGUGCCAACAGAAGGUGUUAAAGAAAGAUGAAAAUGUGCCAUGGACUGGAACUCUGGCUAUUGUUCACUCCUAUGUUACUCAUAAAACAGUCAAAGAAGAAGAUAAAAGAAAGUUAUUAAAGAGAGGCAGUGAGCUGAAGAGUGAACAUAGACAGCUAGAAGAAAAAGAUCGACUUCUCAACAAUGCAAUGAAAAAAUGUUUAGAGCUAAAGAACAGCCUGUUGGCCCAGCAGAAAGGGACACAGUCAUCACUGGAACGUCUCAAAACUCUCAUUAGACUGAUACAAAAUGAGCAGAUGAUUCAGGUUACCAUGACGACAACUACCACCUCCUCCCUGCUAACCGUCCCCUGGAUCAAACCUUCAUCUGCCUCUGCUGCCAUGCACAAAGCCUUGCAGCAAUCACAGGGUAACAACUGACAGAACCCGCUGUGAAAAAAUGGGGGCAAGAAAUAAAAAAAAAACUGUUUACACAUGUGCAAAGGAGAAAUGAAACAGACACAAAGGGAAGUGGAAGGAAUGGAGAAACAAUCUCACUUUUUAUACGCAUAGAAUUUACAAAUCAAUCAGUCCAGUUUGUAGGUCACUGUGGCAGCAACUUCCCACAGAGUGGGUUUUGCUGCAGUUUUGUAUUUGCUGAGACCUUCAGUGCUUAUGAGAUUUCUUUUUGUUAUGUUGGCCUUAAUGUAUCUAUGAAUAAGAAGGACCAGGAAAAGUAUGGCCGAUAGAAAAUAGAAUAUUCUUUUCUGGGGAAGGCAGACAAUUUUACAGUUCUGCUUUAAGGAAAAAAAAUUAAAUACAAAGAGUUAGUAAGCUAGUAGUUAGGUAGUUGGGCUUAAAGCUACGUGGGGGAGGGAAAUCAGUAAUAUAAGAAGGAACUGAAUUACUUAGGACUUUCCAUAGAUUCCUAAUGAAAUGAACAAGGUCUGCCGCAUUGAUUCAGGUGAACUGGAAAUGGGGCUGUUUUGUCAAGAAUGACAUCAUGGACACUCACAGAGCCUUCAAAACAAAAUAUCAUUUUUUUCAGUAUUAUUAUAGUUGAGAAUUGCAGAUAUUUAAAUAAAAACUGUAUGAAGUUAGCAUUUCUAGUAAAAUAUUGAAGUAUUUUCAUGCUGAUGCUUCUGUAUAUGCGUUCUGAAGUAUUUAAAGAAGUAUGACUGUAAAACUCCUUACUUUUUUGCAGGUCCUUUUUACUUAUUUUGCUAUUGAUGUAUUUUUCUCAUGGAGUUUUUGUGCAAGAUUUAGCAUAAACCAUAUUAGUGGAUAUAUUUGGCAGGUUCCAUAUGGUUAUUUCUUUUUAAUUUAAUUUUAUUUUUUGUUAUGUAUUUUUUUGCUUUGAAUGUUUUUUUAAAGCAAAUAAAUUUUAGUUCUUUUCUUGCCAGUACAGAUAAUAUGCCAAAAAAGAUAACUUUACAUUUUUGUACUGCCUUUUUAUUGUAAAAAUAUGUAGUGUGAAAACCUUUUUUUUUCCUUGCAGAAAUAUCUGCAAAAUGGUACAGAAAAGACUGCCUCAAGGGGUUGUUUCUCAUAUUGGAUAAUAUCAAGAGUUUGGGGGGAGGGUUGGGCUGUAGAAAAAAAUAAGGGUUUGUUUGGUUUUUCAGAAACUUGAUUCCUUUUAAAGAUUUUGUUGAUUUUUUUUUAUUUUUUUUUAAGCACAUUUGAACAUGUUAAGCAUUAGCCUGAGUGAAUCCUAGAGCACCUGCUUAUUUCACAAGCUAGUCUUCCUGAUACUACAAGGGUCAGUCGGCACCUUAGUAGGCCAUAGGCCUUUCUUGUAACAUGGAGGCCUACCCUGGAAGUUGGUGAUGGGCAACCCAGUUUUUCCUCUGACAUUGCCAAGUUACACAUGACAGAUGCCAUCUUCUCAGUUCUUUUAUGAGUUUCUUAGUUACAUAGCACACCAGGGAUUUAAAUAAAACAAGAAUCCACCAAAACACACUCAUGAGGCUAGUCUCUGAUAUCAGCAUAUCAUACAAUGCCGAAUGCCAUUUUUAAAAUUGAGGGACUGGCUUCUCCUGUCACCCAUCACUAGGCAGCACGUGGUCCCUUCAACCAUUUUCACAACUCCGGGAGAAACUGUGCAGUACUAUACAAAUCUAUUUUAAUACACUUAACACUCGGUUGAACAAGAUUUUUAUAUUCUUUUAUUGAUGAACAAAGUGAAAUAAGUAAAACACAAUUGUUAUACAUUGGUUAUUGUAUGCCAAUUAUGCAUUCUAAUGUGGCUUGCAAUGUAAAUGUUUUCAGGUUUAAUAUUUUUUUUUUUCCUUGGACAAAUAAAAGAAAAGGAAACUUGUGAAAGGUUGGAUACAUGAAGAAUUUCUGAAGAAGUGUCUUGGACUGUUAAAAGUAGUUAUUUUGAAAAGGGGACUGUCCAGUGGAUAGUGUGCAUAGAAACAAAGUGUUUGUCUUAAAUAUGCCAAUGUAGUUUUACUUCUUUGAUGCAUUAAACUUGACUGACAAUUUAA